UGCAGCCAACCCUAUCUGUCUCUCGGAGCUUUUACCUUCCACAGUAGUUUCCACCAACUAACUGACGCUCGCAGAGGACCUGGCUCUCGGGCUGCUCUGUCCAUAUAUGGUCAUCUACGUCACGCAAAUGUUCCAGCCCCCUAUUUAAUACGGCCUGACUGGAGUCCCCUAUCCAGCUCCAAUAGAGCAAGUAGAGCCGCUCUUGUGCAACCAACACCACCACCUCCUCCUUCAUUGAUUCACUGACUUCAUAUUCUUCCCACAAGCAGCCCAUAAGCUUCCACUGUGAUCACUUUAAUAACAACUACAGCUUGUGCGCGCACGAGAGGAGGCACCGGCGUGACUGUCGCGACUCUUUCAAGCCAGCGCGGGAUACUUUUGGAUGCCGGCGUUGUACCUGCGCUUUUACGCUUCAUCCUCAUCUUUACUUUUUUGAGCCGGAUCCUUGCGCGGGUUGUCCCUACUAUAAAUGUGGGACUGUAUAUAACUGCUAUGACAGGGAAACUAGCGGAGAAGCUCCCUCUUACCAUGAGCAGUUUAAUUAACACCAUCCCUGACAGCCUGUAUCCCGAGGAGGACAUCCCGACGUCUAUGAAUAUUUUUACCAGUUCGGAAUCUAUAAACCACUACUCACAGAUGAACACAGACAAUAUCAUGGACCUGGGCAUGGGCAGUGAAAAGGGAUCCUCUGAAAUCCAGUACGGCUCCAGCUUCCAGAGCAACCGCAGUGGGCAGACCGUGACCUACCUGGGGAAGUUUGCCUUUGACACCCCUCCAUCGGGCAGCAUCAGCGGCUCGGGCUGGUGCUCUGACAACAACAUUAUCAGCCUGGUGAGCGCGGGGAUCCUGGGGGUCUCUCCGUCGCCCGGCACAGUCACCACCCAGACCUCAUCCUCCGCGGGCAGCAUGGGUGGCCAGACGUCAGACAUGGAGCAGGUGUAUGGUCCCCCACUGCCUGCCUACUCCACCUGUAGUGAUCUUUACCAGGAUCAGGUGCCCUUCCACCACAGUCCAGCCACCAGCACCGCCCUGCCCUACCCCACUAACGACUACCAUUCCACCUCCAAAGCCUCUAUGGACGGCAGCCUUUUCUCCAUGAUACCUGACUACAAUCUUUUCCAUCACCAGGGCGAAGUAGGGGUCAUGGAACACAAGCCUUUCCAGACCAUGGACCCUAUCCGAGUCAAUCCUCCACCCAUCACACCUCUAGAGACCAUCCGGGCGUUCAAAGACAAACAACAGAUUCACCCUGGUUUCAUCAGUGGGCAGCAGCAUCCUCCUCAGCAUCACCCACCGCCCCAGACUCUCACCCUAAAACCCAUACGGCCGCGGAAGUACCCCAACCGCCCCAGUAAGACCCCUGUCCACGAGCGGCCCCACGCCUGCCCCGCAGAGAACUGUGACAGGCGCUUCUCUCGUUCUGAUGAGCUGACUCGGCACCUGCGCAUCCACACCGGGCACAAGCCUUUCCAGUGCCGGAUAUGCAUGCGCUCUUUCAGCCGCAGUGACCACCUGACCACACACAUCCGCACUCACACAGGGGAAAAGCCCUUCUCCUGUGAAUUCUGUGGACGCAAGUUUGCAAGAAGUGAUGAGAGAAAGAGACACGCAAAAGUUCACCUCAAACAGAAAGACAAGAAGCCAGCAGAUAAGGGCAGUGCUGCGGCUGGUAGUCACAGUUCACCCCCCAGCUCUUGUGGAGGGCCCACUGUGGGGGCAUCAUGACCAUCCUGGACUGUACCCAAAUGCCCCGAAAGACACUUAGGAAGACAGGAUCAGAUCUGUAGGUGACUAUUCCUCUUCCUAAUUUCUAUUCAUCCUUCUGUUUUCGAGAUGGAUGCUAGUUUGAGUCAGAGAAGAAAGGCUGUCACACCUUUCGAGCAACUCAGAGCCUCAGCUACUGUAACACAGUGAAAUUAAAAAAGGCACACUCGUCCAGUCUGCAUCGUAUUUGUAAGUUUUGGAAUGAACACACUUUUGUACAAAAAAUGAAAAAAAUAUUUUUAACUGAAAGGAGUUUGUAGAAAUAGAACUAGACAAAAUAACAGUGAAUAUUAUAAUUCACCGUUGAGUUGUCUGGGAUGUAUCAUGCAUUAAUUUAUUUAGGCUGUUUAAAAGUGCAAUUGUUUAUAUUUGUGUACUGUUGUUGAACCUUUUAGUGGCACUUGACUGUCUCUCUGUUUUGGUUAAAGUGUGGUGUUUUUCUGAAUGUUUUUUCUCAAAGAAUGUGCCAAAAAUAUUGUGGUAAUUCAGCCAAUUAUUACACCUGGUAGACUUGUGUCACAUAGUCAGUGAUACCACCAAUUAUAACUAUAACUUGAUGUAGAAUGAAUGGGCCAAAUUUCUGUGGGGGACAUACAAACACAUUUGUCAUUUUGUUUUCAUAAAUCUCUUUUUAUUUGGCUUCAAGUAAAAUAGUUCAAGUCUGACAUGAUUUCCUGAUAUCUUCCAUAUACUGUAUAAUAUGCAAUAUAUUCAUAACACAGAAUAAAUUAUACAAGAUCCGAUAAUGCAGUCAGUCAAACUGAAGUCCUUAUAACAUGGCGCCAGUUAUACGUUCAAGCCAGCUAUUUGUGAGAUUGAAUGAACGGGGGGGAUACAUGAUACAUCAAGUAUGGCUAUUUAUAAAAAGCAGUAAACACAUACUUUCAUUUACCAAAAUAAGAAAACUUGUUUACAUAUGAAAUUAUCUCAAUUGAUGACUUAUAUUUUAAUAAUUUAUGCUACUACAGUUGAAGUUGCACUCAAUGUCAAUUAUCAGUGGCAACUGAGCAGUAAUUGUGCAUAUAUGUGUAAAUACAGUGGUCUGCAAAAACAAACUUUCAUAUGACUGAACGAUUAUACACAAAGGCUUUUAGUUACUUAGCUGUUAUAGGUCAUACAUGCAUUUUAUAGCAAUCCAAUGGUACCAUACAUGUAUUUUCUUCCCUCAAAAACAGCACUUGCAUGUGUAUGCUUUAAAUAGUUUCGGGGCGCACUAAUGUGUGUAUUUUCAAUCAAUUCAUUUUUUAACUUUAUGUUUUGUGUAUCUCCAUUUCAAUUAAUAUUUUGCAUUUUGUCAUUUCAUAUGCCCAUUGUCUCCUCACUGUUCCUUCAUGUCUGUGAGUAAAACAUGUUGCAGGGAAAAAUCAUCGUGUUCCACUUGUACUUCUUUUAGUAUUCAUAACAUUCAUUUGUGUUUUCAUUCAUUUUUCCUUUAACUAUAAGAUGAUUUAUAUUUUCUCCCAGUUAACACAUAAAGGCAACAAAAAUAAGAAACAUUUAAAUAUCUAUACUCUACUGCAUUAAAACAAUAAUGCUUAUAGAUAUAUACAAAAUAAAGUAUUAAAUAUACAUAGAAAUGCAGUGCAGUAGCUUUGAUAUACCCCAUGGAUUUAUAUACACGUACUUUAAUGUUGUAGCUGUAAUAUUGAGAAUAUUGAAAAACAAAGCAGCCUUUCCCUUCUUAUUACUGCUUUUGGCAACAAUUGUUUUUUACUUAACCUUAGAGACUUUUUAAAACAUAUACUUGUAAUUCAACAGUAGGUGAAAGGUCUGCAUAAUGAUCAGCUCAUUGCAAACCAACAUGUGGAAUUAUAGUCUGUACAUUAAUAAACAGCUACGCUCCUCCUAUUCAUUUUUCUGAAAUCCUCAAAACAUCCACUACUUAAUAUUAAUGUAUAUUUCAUGUUAUUUUUGUUUUGGAUUUUAAGUUGAUAAGAAUAAAUAAAGAUAAAGUAAGUAGUAAACUGUAGCAUCAGUAAGUAAAAAAUAAAUGCAUAUAACAAAUGUACAUCUGUUGUGUUAAAUUUACUUUAAAUACAAUGGACAUAUACAGCAUUGUUGAGAAUUUAUUUGACCAAAUGUUUUGCACUUGAUGUGAUACUUGCUGGUGAGAAUGGAUGUUUUUAAUUAUAGUUUAUUGAGUGUGGUUUCUCUGACAGAAAACUAUGUUUAUGUUCUUUGUGUUAAAGAAAGGCACAGACUACCAGACUAUUUCCAUGUCUAAAUGAAGCCAUAUAAUUACAAUCUCUCCGACUCAAAAUGCCAUCACUCAUAGUCUCUGACUGGGGUCACUUUU